GAAGAAGAAGAUUUUCUACGUCAUCAAAAAGGGCCAAGAUUUAUACACACGCGACUGUCUUGGGCAUGUUUGUUAUAGGAUUGAAGUUAAUUAAGUCAGUUUUUAACGGCAACAUAUCGGAACAAAACACAGUCGGUGAUAUUUUAGAGAAAGUCGAGGCUGUUUAAGAUUUCACUGUUCCACAAGUUGUAAACAAGUCAGGCUAACAGACCUGCUGAACUAUCCGCCAGUAGACCAUUGUCAACUAUCUCAGCUCGUUAGCUAUCUUCCCAAUGUGCCAGGUGGAUGAAGGCUACCAUGAUCAGCUGGAGCGUCAGGAGGUGCCCAGUGUUUCUAAGAAAUGUGUCAGAUGCAAAGAAGCGACUGCAGUCGUGGUGAUCAGAGCAGGAGAUACAUACUGCAGGGACUGUUUCAAAGAAUACUUCAUUCACAAGUUCCGGGCCAUGCUGGGCAAAAACAGGAUCAUCUUCCCUGGAGAGAAGGUGCUGCUGGCUGUAUCUGGAGGUCCUUCUUCCUGCUCAAUGCUCAGUCAAGUCCAAGAGGGUUUGAGUCAGAAUGCUCACAAGAAGUUGAGAUUCAUACCUGGCAUUGUCUACAUUGAUGAGGGGGGUGCUGUAGGUCAGUCUGUGGAGGAGAGACAGAGGACGGUGUCUGAGCUGCAGGCUGUGUUUAAAGCUACUGGGUUCCCCUUCCACAUUGUGCCUCUGGAACAGGUUCUAGACCUUCCCAGUUCAGUUGUGGUGACAGCUCCCUCUCCCUCAGAGCGACCAGCCAGCAGCUACAAAGCAGCUGUGGAUCAUUUCAUUCAAAACGACAGCAGCAGAUGUUUGACACCACAGAAACAGGAUGAAACAUUACCAGCUAACGUCCAGGAGUCCCAGACACGGUUACUGCAGCAGCUGAUUGGCUCUGCUAAAACGCUGACAGCCAGAGAAGAUCUACUGAACACUUUAAGGCAGCAUCUGCUGGUGCACACAGCUCGUACUGAAGGCUACAGUAAACUGAUGCUGGGAGACAACUGCACCAGACUGGCUGUUAAACUGCUCACCAGUAUAUCACUGGGCAGAGGAGCACAGCUGGCUCAAGACACGGGUUUCUCAGACUCUCGGUAUGGUGACAUAAUAUCAGUGAGGCCAAUGAGGGACUACUCUGCUAAAGAAAUAGCUUACUACAACCAUCUGUUCAACGUGCCUUCUGUUUUCAUACCAGGCCUGGACACUAAGGUUUGUGUCCCACAGACAACAGAUAAGGCCAGUAUCCAGCGUCUGACAGAGAGCUUUGUCACUAAACUGCAGGCAGACUUCCCCUCUACUGUCAGCACCAUCUACAGGACCAGUGAGAAGCUGCAGACAGCAUGUAAGAGUUCAUCCACUGCUGACCCCUGUGCCCGGUGUCUGCUCUGUAUGUGUGCCUUGGAUACUACUGUUGAGAAUGCUUCAGCCUUCCAGGCCACACUGAUCUCAGAGCAGCUCUCCCAGACUAAAUAUCUAGGUGCCAACAGUACAGCUUUUCCAAAACAAAGCCCAGCUCCAGUACGGUCAGAAUCAACUGCUCCCCCUGGACAGUGCUGUUCCUCUGGAGGAGGAGGAGGAGAGGACUGUGGGAGAACAGUAGAGGGUGGAGGCUGCUGUUCUUCUGCCAAGGUAGCAGAGACAACUGAUGUGAGGAGCCUGUUGUGUUACAGCUGUCAGCUGACCAUCAAAGACAUGUCCUCAGUGGAUUGUCUCCCUCAGUACAUCCUGUCAGAGGCUCAGAAGAGGCAAAGGAGGUCUCAGAUGAAAGAGGAGAUCAGUGAGUUCCUUCUGGAUGAUGGGGAUGAGAGCUGAAGCUGAAAGUUGACCUGCAGCACUCCACUCUGAAAAAAAGUUCCAUCAUAAUUAUGCUUAUUUCAACCUGCAGGAUCUAUAAGAAUAGAAAUGCUUUACAGAUACAUUUACAUGUGUUUUAAUUUUCACCAAACCAUCCAUCCAUUCUCUAUAGCCCUGUUUCCUGUGCAGGGUUGUGGGGGGCUGGAACCUCUCUGGUGAGAGGCAGGGUACACCAUCACAGGGAUAACACACACACACCAAACAAAUAUUCAAAAUAUCACAUACAUACAUUCACAUGCUGUUGGAUAAAUAACUAUUAAAAUAUCUAUUUUUACUACUUUCCACUUGUCAUAUCCUGUCAUCUGGGAAUCCAAAGACUGGCAAAAACUGUGGUUUGAAGUAUAAAGUGUUAAACAGAACCUAUUCAGUGUAUUGUGAAGUAGAUAACAUCACAGUUGCAGACUUGCAUUGUUUAUUUGUAACUGCUGUUUUAAUAAACUUUUACAUUUUAAAUGAAA